ACGCACUACGCGGAAGGUUCUCUGAUGCCAGUCCUUGUUAUUGGUUUGAUCUUCAGUUUUGUACCUCAGAAUUCUCCGUGGUUCCUUCGUCCCUUCAUGCGCUUCAUGUUCGGGCAAUUGGAAAAGCGAAUAGUCGAGCCCGAAUUUGCGAAACAUCUUGAGCUGCAACACUUGAGUAAAGUCAAAUGUAUAGCCGGAGGCAUUGGGCCUACCUCCGCGGAUUUCAUAAAAAUCUUUCCCCUGGAGGGUCUAGUUCAUAUCAAAACAGCAGGGAAGAGUAAGUCAGAGUACGUUCAGAAAGUACAGGCCCGCCCGGCGUACAAGCGAGCUCUUGAGAGGGGCGGGGAUUAUGUAUACGCAUGAUUUUUUAUCACUGCGCAUGGGUCCCGAAUGAAAUUCAUGGACCGGAGAUUAUCCUUGGAACGUUUGAACUACCAUUUUCGUUAUGCCGCUCUAGGAAUGUGGGCCUCGAUCAUAUUGGUCACUUCGGCUUCCAAAAGAUACAAAAUGAACUCGGUUUGGUCCCAAGCCAACUCGAUAAGUGAUGAACGGUCCCUGCAGACUCUGUGUCCGGAUCGAGUCCGGCAAUCAUUACAUUACAUUUGUUAGAAUCCAUCUCCUCUGGCAGCUACACACACACUAACGACCCCCCCCAAUGGGUGUGUACCUCUCUGUAACCUAAUCCACGGCUCUGCAUCCUUCGUAGGCCGCCUUAAUAGUUACUGUGUUUCGGGGACUUCACGUCCAAAUCCACACUGUGCAUCAUACGGGGUCUUGAAAAUAGUAGUAUU